GGGGGAUCAACAAUACUUCUCGGUAGUGGAGCAGCUAUUUAUCGAGCUGUGGAUUCAUUUGAAGACCUAAAGCAAGUGGGACUUAUUCGAUUCGGCAGAGCAGCAAUCGCUGUUGGAAACAUUGUUAUUGAUUACAAAUCCUCGCUAAGAGGUCUCUACGACCCAUCUGAGGAGUACAAUGUUGCGAUAAAGGGGUGUCAUAAACGAAGUGCCUCACGGUUACUUGAUCUAGCUUGUGCCAACGGUGGAGUAUUCAUAAAGGUAGGGCAGCACUUAUCAGCUUUGGAGUAUUUGAUACCAGAAGAAUACACUUCUACGCUCUCUGUAUUGACUUCAAAAGCUCCGGAGGCAACGUAUGAUGACGUUGUUUAUGUUGUUGAGUCGCAGCUGGGAAAGAAGGUCUUCUCAGAGUUCGCAGAAAAACCAAUCGGUGCCGCCAGUCUCGCACAAGUGCAUAUCGCGAAACUGAAGGAAACGAACGAGAAGGUUGCUGUGAAAGUGCAACAUCGUCGAGUGUACAAAAACAGUCGUACGGACAUCAAUACUAUGGAUUUCUUAGUGAAAGUUGCUGAUAAGCUAUUCCCGGAGUUCAAACUUAUGUGGUUAGUUGAUGAGGUGAAGAAGAACCUUCCACACGAACUCGAUUUCCUAAUGGAAGCAAAAAAUGGUGAUCGACUGGCGGAAAUGUUCAAACAUCUCAAAUUCUUGAAGAUACCCAAAAUGUAUUAUGAGUACAGUACACCUCGCGUGCUUGUAAUGGAGUUCUGUGAAGGCGAACAUAUCGAUAAUAUUAAGUACAUGAUCGACAACAAGAUCAAUCGGCACGAUGUGUGCCGGAAGAUGGGUCGACUAUAUUCUGAGAUGAUUUUCAUCAACGGCUAUCUUCAUUCCGAUCCUCAUCCGGGCAAUGUACUCGUUAAUAAAAAGGCGAACGGCGACGUCGACAUUGUCCUGCUCGAUCACGGCCUUUACUUAGACAUCGGUGAUCACUUUAGAGGGCUCUACGCAGACUUGUGGCUCGCUCUCUUAGCUCCUGAUCCGGAUAAGCUCAGAAGUGUAGCGGCUGAGAUGGGUGUUGGUGAGCUUUACGGCUUGUUCGCAUGCAUUGUAGCUCGGCGGUCAUGGAAAGCUGUAUCUCAGGGCAUCAAGAAUAGGAAAAUGGAUACCAAUGAGAGAAAUGAACUUCGUCUCUAUGCCGCGUCGCUCAUUCCACAAAUCAGCGAGGUCCUACAUAGGAUGCCUCGUGAAAUGCUCCUGAUUCUGAAGACCAACGACUUGCUAAGGAACCUUGAGCACGUACUAGGAAUUGAAAAUCGCGCUGAUUCGCAUAUUGAGGUGGCGGUUUCAAGGUGCUUCCUAAGCCAAAACUGUGUUCGUAAUAGCUAA